AACAUUCACUUUUUCAAUCCUCUGUCGUUGCAAAGUGCAAAGUGGUUCAAGGAACUUGAGGCUCUCCUUCGUUGCUCUUCAAACAUGGGAAAACAGAGCACACCAUCUCCUAACGCCACCAAAUUCUCUGCUCUCAACUGCAUCGACCUCUCCAACCCCGACAUCAACCAAUCCGUCAAAUUCCUCAAGCAGGCUUGUUUGGAUUCUGGUUUUUUCUACGUCGUGAAUCAUGGGAUAAGCCAGGAAUUCUUGGACGAGGUUUUUGCACAGAGCAGGAAAUUCUUCACUCUUCCACACAAGGAAAAGAUGAAGAUUCUCAGGAAUGAAAAACACAGGGGGUACACCCCUGUUCUUGAUGAGUUACUUGAUCCUGAAAACCAAGUACAUGUAGGAGACUACAAGGAGGGGUAUUAUAUUGGAGUUGAAAAAGGUGAACAUGACCAAGAAUCGAAGAAACCUUUUUAUGGCCCAAAUAAAUGGCCCGCACCAGAUGUUCUGCCGGGGUGGAGGGAGACCAUGGAAAAGUUCCAUCGAGAGGCAUUACAAGUGGGGAAAGCAGUUGCAAAGAUAAUUGCCCUUGCACUUGAUUUAGAUGCUAAUUUUUUUGAUCAACCAACAAUGCUUGGAGAGUCCAUUGCAACUCUGCGUUUGCUGCACUAUGAAGGUCAAGUAUCAGAUCCCUCGAAAGGAUUAUAUGGAGCUGGAGCUCAUACCGACUAUGGUCUAAUUACACUGUUGGCAACAGAUGAAAUCUCAGGUCUUCAAAUAUGCAAGAAUAGAGAUGCUAAACCUCAAAUAUGGGAGGAUGUGGCACCAUUGAAGGGGGCAUUCAUCGUGAAUCUUGGUGACAUGCUGGAGCGCUGGAGCAACUGUGUUUUUAAGUCCACACUGCACAGAGUUCUAGGAAAUGGUCAAGAAAGAUAUUCUAUUGCAUACUUCUUGGAGCCCAGUCAUGAUUGUCUAGUGGAAUGUUUGCCUACCUGCAAAUCAGAUACUAAUCCACCCAAAUUUCCUCCCAUCUUAUGCCGUGAUUAUCUGACUCAGCGCUACAAGGACACUCAUGCUGAUUUGAAUAUUUAUAAGAAACAGCAAGGUUGAGGAGUCAACCUUUGGAACUGAACAGCUUGGACUUUUUCACAAGGACACUCACCUAUGUUGGUUUGGAUGUUUACAAUUUAGAAUAAACAACAAGCUUAAGAAGUUGGUCUUUUGGAGCUGAGCAGCCAGGAAACUUUUAACUGCAUAAUGUAUUAGGGAUAACAGUGUUAUACAUUAGCCAUGUUAGAUUUUGUUUGAAUGAAAAAUUAGAUUUGUUUGUGGGAAAAUGGGGGUUUAGCUAUAGGAUUUGGUUAGUGUUGAACCUAAACGAAAAACAAGUGAAAUUGACAGAUGUAUUUUUUUUAUAUUCAGCCCUAUAGUUGGGGGAAUGAUAGGAAGAUGAAAAUUUGUAUGCUUCCAUCCGUUGCUUCUAGCCUUCUAGCCUUCUAGCCCAA